CACAACAGCAGCACCAAAAACAACAUGAAUAGCAACAAGACCCAUCUUCUCAACCCCGACCAGCAUACCGCCAACUGUGCUGCCAUCUGCCUCCUCAUGGUGGGCUCCUUCUCGGCCGACGUCCGCGACACCCUCCUGGCCUACGGCUACGACCCUUCCGAGGAGGACCCGCGCGCCCUCCACGACCUCGUCCUCGAGGCGCUCCCCAAAGCCGCAGGCGAGGACGUCUCCACUUGGAUGGCCGAGCUGAGCAACCUGAGCCCGACAGACCGCCGCUUCGACGGCAGCCUGCGCGAGUUUUGUCUGCGGCUGCAGUACCUGCGCAGGAGGCUGUACCAGGCCGAGCCGCAGCCGAACGAUAACCUGGUGCUGGUCAUGGCCGUGCUGGGGCUGGCGCGGUGUGAUCGGUACGAGGGCCUGAGCAUGACGCUGGGGAGGGAGCUGGAGAGGGGGGGUCUGACCUGGGCGAGGCUGAUGGGGGAUCUGAGUACCGUGCAUGGAAGGGAGGUGAGGGAGAGGAGGAGGUUACGGGCCAAGGAGGUUGAUGAUGAGAGCGGGUCAUGAAUGAGGGAGGGAGAAGAAGAGAGCGAAGAGCUCUGAGGCGGGGCUGUCUUUUGAAGGAAGGGAAAAACACACACAACUGGGUACACAGAACCGGGUUUUGGGAACGUUUUGAUAAUGAGAACAUGAGCAUUGUUAGUUUAUCUUGUAUUAUCACAUGCAAUAGUAUAUAAUGAUGAUGAUACGAAUACAU